AAAAUGAUGGUGGGGGAGAUUGUGGGAUUCCAAUAAAGAAGGAUUCUGGUGGUUGUGUGAGGUGGAGACAGAUGUGUUGCGAGAAAAGCGUUGAAGAAUAGGAAAAAUGGUAACUGAGGAACGCUUCCACGGCAUAAUUUCUCGGCUAAAAAAUGACACCCACAAUAUAAUUACAAACACUAGUCUUCUAUAUACCAUUCAAUUCAUUUCUCUCUCUUGAAUCCCUUAAUUUCUCCCCUUUUCUCCUUCCCCCAACCCAUUUUCAAUCAAUCCCUUAAUUUCUUGGAAUUUUAGGGUUAGGGUUCCUCCUUGUUUGUUUGUUUGUCUGUCAUGUGUGUGUCUGAUUCUUGAUUUUUAUAUAACAAAUGUGUGACUGGAGAGGAAGCCCAUAAAAUUCCAUUUUUUUCUUUGUUUAUAGAAUCAGGUCUUCUGGAGAAGAUCUGAGAGAGGGAUAACAAAAUGAGCGCCUCCAGGUUCAUCAAAUGUGUCACCGUCGGUGAUGGUGCCGUUGGCAAGACUUGUCUCUUGAUUUCCUACACCAGCAAUACCUUCCCCACGGAUUAUGUGCCAACUGUGUUUGACAAUUUCAGUGCAAAUGUGGUUGUCAAUGGGGCUACUGUCAACCUAGGGUUGUGGGAUACUGCUGGACAGGAGGAUUACAAUAGGUUAAGACCUCUGAGUUAUCGUGGAGCUGAUGUUUUCAUUUUGGCAUUCUCUCUCAUCAGUAAAGCCAGUUAUGAAAAUGUUUCCAAGAAGUGGAUUCCUGAGUUGAAGCAUUACGCCCCUGGUGUCCCUAUAGUGCUCGUUGGAACAAAACUUGAUCUUCGAGAUGAUAAGCAAUUCUUCAUAGACCAUCCAGGUGCCGUGCCAAUUACUACUGCUCAGGGUGAGGAGCUGAGGAAAACAAUUGGUGCACCUUCCUACAUUGAAUGUAGUUCAAAAACACAGGAGAAUGUAAAAGGGGUCUUUGAUGCUGCCAUUAAAGUUGUGCUCCAGCCACCCAAGGCGAAGAAAAAGAAAGGGAAGUCUCAAAGGGCCUGCUCAAUUUUGUGAUCAACAGUAGGUCCAGGGUUAUUCCUGGUCACAGUUUUCACGUUGUAAUCUGUUUCCCCACAUCUGUUUCUGUUUUCCUUUUCUCAGAGGAAGUAGGAGGUCCUUGUAUGUCUCACUUGAAGCUACUAGUGAUCUCUUGAAGUGUCAGGUGGCUCGAUUUAUUGUAUUGCUGUGGUCUCUGAUUACUACUGAGUUUCACAACACGCUCUAGGCCACUCUAUUUUGUCCUCGCUGUUUUGAUAUGUUUUAUGUAUUACCGACUGAAAGAUCAAUUUAGGAAAACAAAUUUUCUCAGCAAUGUUGUUUAGUAUUUCUUUUUUGAUUUUAUAACUUUGGAAUGUUUAACACACUUCAUAGUUGUAGCUGUUCAAUCUUUUUCCCAAAGAUCAAUCAAGAAUCUGCUUUGCAUUUUCA